AUGGUAAGUAUUUAUUUUACUUUUUCAUUUUUUGGUAUAACAAUUUCACUAACCUUUUUUUUUUUUUUUUUUUUUUUUUUUUUUUUUUUUUUUUUUUUUUUUUUUUUUUUUUUUUUUUUGUUUUUUCCUUUCCUUAAGCCAAAAUUUCCAAAACCCACCAACACUAAUACCAAUACCAACACCAAUGCCAAUAAUAAUAAUAAUAAUAAUAAUAUUAAUAAUAAUAAUAAUUCUAAUAAUAAUAAUAAUAACAAAGCAUCCCAAAGUUCAAAUGAUUAUUAUGGAAAAUUUUUUAAACAGCUUUUCAAUGAAUUGGGUUUGGACACCAAUACCACUUCUACCACCACUAUUCCAACCUGCAAAAAUAAUAAAAUUAAUAAUUUAAAUAAAAAUAAUAAUAAAAAUAAUAAUAAAAAUAUAAAUUUAAAUAAUAAUAAUAAUAAUAAUAAUAAUAAUAAUAAUAAUAAUAAUAAUAAUAAUAAUAAUAAAAAUAAUAAUAAUAAAUUGAUAGAUUCCCAAAUAAAAAGAUAUAAACCAUAUGAUAAAUCAAGUCAAAAAUCACAGCAAAAACAAAAUGAAGAAGAGGUAAUUGAAUUUUUAAAUACUAAAAAAAGUGAAAUUGAUGGUUAUGCUAUUGAAAAAAAAGAAAAUCAAAAUCAAAAUCAAAAAGAAAAUGAAAAUGAAAAUGAAAAUGAAAGUGAAAAUGAAAAUAAAAAUAAAAAUGAAAAUGAAAGUGAAAGUGAAAAUGAAAGUGAAGAUGAAAAUGAAAGUGACAGUGAUAGAGAAGGUGAAAUUAGUAAAAGUGAUAGAUUAAUAAUUCAAUUAGAAAAUAAUGAAAGAUAUAAUGAUUCUCAACCACCAAAUUAUGGAAUUCCACUUCAUUUAAGUGUAAUUGAAUUUAAUGAAACUAUUGAUACUUCUUUUUAUAUUGAUCCAGUUGUAUAUGAUGUGGUAAAGAAAUCACUUCAACUAAAAAGAUUAGAACAAAUAUCUCAAUCUAAAAAGUGUAGACAAGAAUCAAUAAAACAUCUUCAACUAAUUCAACAUUCACAAUUAAUUCAACAACUACAAAAACAAAUCUGUAGAUUGUUUGAAAAAACUCAAUUAUUGGUACCAAAGACACAAUUAACCAUUCAAUUAUCACAACACAUCAGUAAUUUGUAUGAUAAAACUGAACAAUUCAAACAAGAAUUACAAAGACAAUAUACAAAAAAUAGAGAAAGUCAACAAAGAAUUCAAACAAUUUCUCCACAACAAAUUGAACAAUUACAAAUUGAACAAAAUGAACAAUAUACCCAAAACAAUGAAUAUAUUACAAAAUUACAAUCACAACAUCAUCAGCUUUUUAGAUUAUAUCAAACUCAAAUUCCACAAUAUCAAUGUCAACAAUAUCAAUGCCAAUGUCAACACUAUCAAUGUCAACAAUGUCAAUGCCAACAAUAUCAAUGUCAAUGUCAACAAUAUCAAUGUCAAUAUCAUCAACAAAGACAACAGCAACAACAACAACAACAUCAACAAAGAAUUGAAAAUGAACUUGAUGAUGAAUUUGAUAAUGAAUUUGAAGAUGAAGAAGUUAAAAGAAAUCAAAGAUUUGAACAAGAAGUUGAAGAUAGAACUCGUUAUAUUCUUAAAAAACUUGAAAGUGAUGAUGGUAUUUUUUGUGAAUUUUCAAUUCAAUUAAGAUUAUAUGAUAGAAUCACUGGAAAGGAUAUUCCUUAUGAUUCAAGUAUGAAUUUAACCAUCAAUGGUAUAAACUAUAAUUCAAAGAAAUUUGAAAAACUUUUAUUUCCAAUUGAAAAUCCAUUAAUAAUUCAAGACCUAAUUGAUAUAUCCUUUUUAAUAUUUCCAGGUGGCAAUAGUAUAAAAAUGAAUAUUCCAAAUUGUAGUGGUAUACUUGAUUUUCAACUCUUAGAAUAUAAACCAAAAGUUGAAAUAAUGAAUUUAAUCAUUGAAAAAUUUAAUAAAACUCAUGGUUAUCCAAAUUCUGAUUCAAAUUCUGAUUCAAAUUCAAAUUCAGAUUCAAAUUCUGAUUCUGAUUCUGAUUCAAAUUCAAAUUCUGAUUCUGAUUCUGAUUCUGAUUCUGAUUCUGAUUCUGAUACAAAUACACCUACACCUACACCUACACCUACAUCUACAUCUACACCUAUACCUACACCUACACCUACAACUACAACCACCACUACCACAACCACAACUACAACUACAACUACAGCUACAGCCACAAACAUAAAUACAGUAAAUAAUAAAAGUAACAACAAUAAUGGUUCGCGUGGAGAUAAAGGUGAUGGACUUGAAUUUUUUAGAUCUCUUUUCAAAGAGCUUAGAGAUAAUUAUUUACAAAGAAAAUUAAAUAGAAGUGAAAAUAAUAAUAAUAAUAAUAAUAAUAAUAAUAAUAAUAAUAAUAAUAAUAAUAAUAAUAAUAAUAAUAAUAAUAAUAAUACUGUAUUUCCCUUUAAUAUAACAGUUAGAUGUAUUUUAAAAAAUAGUAGAAUGAUUCUUCCAAUAAAAUCAGAAAAUUGCACUCACCAUCAGUGUUUUGAUUUAAGAAAUUAUUUAAAACAUUGUCAAAAAAUUCAACUUUGGAAUUGCCCAAUUUGUAAUGUUCCAGCUGCCCCUGAUCAAUUGAAAAUUGAUAAUCUUACUUUUGAUUGUUUAAAACUUGCUCCACCUGAUUGUGAAUUCAUGACAGUAUCUAAAACUGGUGUAACAUACAGAAGAAAUGAUGGCUCUCAAACCUCAAUGUCUCUAUACACUUUGUAUAAACAAUAUUACCAAUCCCUACAACAACAAAGAGUUGAGCAACAACAACAACAAAUCCAACAACAUCUUCAACAACUUCACCAAUCUCAACCACGAUUCCAACAACAAUACCAACAACAAUAUCAACAACCACAACAAUACCAACCUCAAUACCACCACUACCAACAACCACAACAAUACCAACCCCAAUACCACUACCAACAACAAUAUCAACAACCACAACCUCAAUUUCAAUUUCAACAACAACAACAAUACCAACCUCAAUACCACCACUACCAACAACAAUAA